AAUCGAUUAACGGAUGGCCAGCCUGCGGUGGGAUCUACGUAGAACCCUACAGCUCCCCGCAGAUCGGAUGGCUUGUGGUCAUCGUGUUCUUUCCACGUAAACUCACUUUCGGAUCAGUGUCUAUCGAUCCAUAAUUAAGAUAUUGUCGUUGAGCUUUGGUCUAUAUAUAUAAGAGAUUGCAGAAGCUAUUGCAUCGAGAGAGAGAGAGAGAGAGAAGAUGGAGGGACAGGGAGAGAGCGGUGUGUCGGCAAGAGGAGCGAAAACGUAUGCCUUUGCCUGUGCUAUCAUCGCUUCCAUCAUCUCCAUCUUGAUGGGCUACGAUACCGGAGUGAUGAGCGGCGCCAUGCUGUUCAUGAAGGAGGAUCUCAACAUACAGGAUGAGCAGGUGGAGGUGCUUGCGGGGAUCAUGAACAUAUGCGCGUUGGUCGGAUCCUUGACCGCCGGGAGGCUGUCCGACUGGAUCGGCCGGCGCUACACCAUCGUCGUUGCCUCCAUCAUCUUCUUUGUAGGGGCGGUCUUGAUGGGCUUGGGCCUCAACUACGGCAUGCUCUUCUCCGGGAGGUGCAUCGCGGGCGUCGGGGUCGGCUACGCCUUGAUGGUCGCUCCUGUGUACUCGGCGGAGAUCUCUUCCCCGUCCUCCCAGUGGCAGUACGGUUUGGUUCUUGUACUAGAAGCCCAAGUGAAUCGUGAGGGUGUGAUUGGAGCAUGA